UGACUGGCUUGCGUGGCUCGCGGCGGUGAGGAAACGGGACAGCUGUUGACAUACCCCGCCUCGAAGUGGGCUAGUCCUUCCCCUUUGUUGCUUCUUCCCUGCACUGUAACUAUUCCUAUUGUUCCAUAUUUGCAUUAUAACCAUGUCUCGUACCAACGAAGUUCAUGCCCCUGGCACCUGGUUCAGCACCAUCCAGCGAUCCUUCGAGGAGGUGCCAAUUGACGCCGCCAAUGGCAACGCUAUCUCGACGGAGGAAUUCCUCCAGGCCGCUGGUGCCUUGGUCACUCUGUUCGAUGUGAUUGGUGGAGUUGGUUUGGCUGCAGUCAAGAGCGAUCUGUCCGGAAACAUUGCGAAAGUUCAAGAGAGGUACAACAAGGCUCCCGCCGAGUCCCAGACUCUGCAGGACCUCGUACGGAAUGAGCUGAAGUCGGGGCAACACAAGGCUACCGAGGGUCUGUUGUGGCUGGUCCGUGGCCUGCAAUUCACCGCCUCUGCCCUCCGCCUGAGCAUCAACAACCCCUCCGAGGAGCUCAACGCAUCCUUCUUGGGAGCCUACAAGGCCCCUGGUGGUCUGAACACCCAUCACGGCUACCUGGUCCGCAAGGGUACCGAGGUCGCCAUCAAGUCCGGUGUGCCAUACCGCAAGGACUUUUACUCGAAGCUUGGCGACAACCAGGCUGAUGUGACCGCUGCCCUCGAGAAGGAGGUCACGGCCCUGGAGAACGUCGUGGAUAUCUUGCUCAAGUUCCAGGCCACGCCCGAGGCUCAGUGGAAGUAAGCGAUUUGUUUCAUACCCUAAGAUCGGGUUGUGAUAACUCGUACUGUGCGUGAGACCUACCCUGUACAUAUUGAAUCUCUGUCUCUGCGAGUGCAUGAGUUUUCAUUUCGU